AGAAGGGUUUCUACCUGAGUACCCGGCUUCAGUGUUCAUGAGAACGGUUGUGUCGACUCAUUUUCCCUUUUUUUCUGUUCUUCUUUGUUAGUUGUGUAGCGUGUUUCACUCGCUCUGGAAGCGGAAGGAUAAGUCAGCAGCCACAGCAGCCACAUAUUACUAUUGGUCUCUCAGUGUUGAUAAACGUGGGACGUUCAGCAGCUCCGGUUACCCCUAAAAAGAAGAGAGAGUAAAGCCCACAAAAAACUCAUUAACUUUUUUUUCUUUUCCACUGAACCUCCCGUAACGGAAUAUUUAAUUGUGGUGUUACGCACGCAGCCGUGAUCAAAGACGCUCGCUUUUAAAAUUCAUCUCUCUCUCUCACAUACACAAGCACACAAGACCCCCCCCCCCUUCCCCGCCGCCCCCCUCCUCAAAAAAAAAAGAGAGACUGUAAUCAUCAAAAGGUCUGUACAUCAGAGCCUAAUGCAUCGCAUCGACAACAUCAGCUCCCACCUGCAGGACAACAACUACGUCCGCGUGGAGCGACGGGGUGUGGUGGGCCUCAUCCGCCUCCUCCGCACCGCCCCGCCGCGGUCGCAGGUGGGCGGCUGCGUGCUCUGUGCGCCGAUGCGCGCCCAGAUUCUACGUGCCCUCAAAUCACUGGAGGCGGACCCGACCUGUCUCGUCAUCGUCUUCGCCUCCACCAGCGACCACUUCUUCUCGAGCGGUAUCAACACCGCGAACUUCGCCGAUGGGUUCAUCUCGCAGCCGGCGCAGCAGCCGCCUGUGCCGUCCAUGUUCGAGCUGACGGCGUCCGUGGAGUCGUGCCCGAAGGUGUGCAUCGCGGCCAUACAGGGCAAGUGCUUCUCGUGGGGCCUGGAGCUGGCGCUGGCGGCGGACUACCGUGUGUGCGGCAUCAACGCACGGUUUCGCUUUCCGGAGGUGGAGCUGGGCAUUACUCCGUGCGGUGGCGGCGCGCGCCGGCUCGUCUGCCGCGUCGGCGUCCGUCACGCACUCGACAUGCUGUGUUACGGCCGUCUCGUGUACGCGCGGGAGGCGCUAAAGAUGGGGCUCCUCGACGCUGCCCCAUGCUGCAGCCCGCAGCUGUGGGAGGCGCUGGCGCACUUUAUCACCACGCACGUCGCCGCGUCGGCCACGGAUGGACUGCGUACGCUCGAUGACGCACGAGCCGCCAAGGCUGUUGCGCGGCAGCGCCGCCGCAGCUGUCCCGCCUACGCCCAACUCCCGUUCUUCAGCCGGGGCUGGUACGCGUGGACGGAGCAUAAGCUGCGAGACUCGGUACCGCGGGCACGACGGGCCCCCUACCGCGCCAUCGAUGCGGUCCGCCUUGCGGUCACACACAGCUUGCUGGGCGACAAAACAAUCAGCGGGAAUGCGGCUGCUGCGGACACCGUCGGGACAGACGCUGCGGAGUCGAAUGCCGCCUACGCCGCGGCGGAGCGACAGCUGUUUGAGGUGUGUCUUGCCUCCUCGGAAGCCCAGGCCUCGCAGCAUCUUCUGCGGGCCGCGCAGCGCACCUCCCGAGCGUGGGAAAAGACGGACGCUCUCACACCCACCGCACUGCGGCCACCGGUGUCGUCCUUGCCGCCCUCGGUCGACGUGGUGGCUACCACGACGACCACCACCACCUCUGCCGCUCACGUCGACGAACGCGCCGAGGAGUGUGGUCUUGGCCUGCGCAAGGUUGCGGUGAUGGGUGCCGGCAGACAGGGCGCCUCCAUCGCCCUCCUGCUCUUGUGGCAACGCGACAUCGAGCAAGUCGUGCUGAUCGAAAGCGACGCGCAGCUGCAGGGGCAGGCCGUGCGUGCGAUGGAGGCCUUCCUGCGCGGCCGCGUGGCGGCCCACCGUUUAUCGCAGCACCGGUGCGAGGACAUGCUACGCCGCCUGCGUGCGACGGGCGAUCCAAACACUCCGUUCCCACCGCUGUUGGCAGACAUGGACCUCGUGCUGGAGUGUGCCCCCGAGGUGUUGGCGCUCAAGCAGAACAUCUUCGCCCACCUCGACAACAUGUGCAAGCGCUCCACCAUCUUCGUCAGCGUGUCGUCCUCGCAGGACGUGAAUGAUGUGGCGGCCGUGACGCGCAGACCGGGUCAGGUGGUAGGCAUUAGUUUUUUCGGCCCGGCGGACCACUCACCCGUGGUGGAGGUGAUGCGCGGGGCAGCGACGGAGGGCUGGGUCGUUGAGCGGCUGAUGCGGCUGCUCUCCCAACUGAACCGGUACCCGAUCGUCUCGCGCAGCGGCCACGGCUGCGUCGGCACGCGCUUGCUGCUGGCGGCGCUGUACCAGGCUUACACGAUGCUCGAGGAUGGAUGUCUGCCGAUGCAGAUCGACUUCGCGCUGCAGAAGACCUUCAACUUUACGCAGGGGCUAUUUGAGUUAGAGGACAUCAUCGGGCUGGACACCACCGCCGCGGUGCGGGCAUCGAUGCGGCGGGGGAGCGCUGGCAGUGUCUCCGCUGCUGCUGCGGUGGUCUCUGCAACGUUCUCCGAGGGGCAGGAGGUCCCGGUGAGGGUGCCGAGCGCCGAGGAGCUGAGCAACAACUGGUGGCUGCCGAGCCGGCCGGUGUUCGACAUCCCUAACUCCAUGAUCGCCGUCGGGGCGGUGGGUCGCAGCACGCGAGAGGGGUGGUACACGUACGCCACCCCAGAGGAGUGCACCUUCGGCUACGCCAUUCGGCACCCGAUCAAGUCGUGGCUGUGGCUGCCUACUACGUCGGCGUCUCUCAAGCUGAAUUCGAUGGCAAGUGUUGCUGCUGCUGAUGCUGCUGCAACGACGACAAUGACGACGGCACACCAUGCCGGCACGACGAUAGGCGCGACGGCAGGUGCACAAUCUCUUGCCUCAUCCUGCGUCCCGCAGCGCUGCCAGCUCCCCCCGGUGAGCGUGGAGUGCGUCCGCCCGCAGCACAACUACGCUUCGGAGUACCUCACGCUGCACAGCAGCAAGCGUCACAGGUGCACGCGUCGCCCAUUUCGCGAUGAGGAGAUCGUCGACCGCAUCGUUUUUGCGAUGGUGAACGAGGCGGCGAAGCUGAUGGCGGACGGCGUCAUUACGAGCUCGUCCGACAUCGACUGCAUAUCCGUGUACGCCUUUGGCUUCCCGGCGUGGAGGGGCGGGCUGUGCUACUACGCCGACAGCGUCGCGGGGCUGGAGAGGGUGGUGUACAAGAUGAAGGUGGUCCACCGCGCGCUUGGCUCCGCAGAGUAUCCGUUCCCGUGCACCGCGUUGCAGGAGAUGUUGGCGAGGAAGCAAACGUUUGCGUCGAUAUCCACGCAGAACGAGUGA